AAAGUGGGGGCUGGAGUGAGUGUCAAAACUAACAAACAGGCUGUUACUCGGAUGGGGGAAGGGAAGCUGGCUAACGCCGAAGACACUUCGCAAACAUUUUAAUAGUGCAAGACAAUAAAGCAAACUCUUUUAAUCCAGCGACAUCGAGACAUUAGUCGCCAGGAGUGCGGAGCACAGCGAGGACGCUUCUUUUACAUUAUGAAUGUGAGACAGCCACACAGGUAGUCUGAGAGAGACCGAGCCUUACAGACAGGUGCAGAGAGACAGUUAGAACAUGUCAGAGGAAGAUCAGAUAAGUGUCUUAUUCACUCAAACAUCUGCACAAAGCCUAAUUCAGCCGUGCACUCAGUAUUCAAAGCACAGAUCGUAGACUCAGAGCUCUUUUAAGGAGAGGGAUAUGGCUCAGGAGACCAAUCAGACACAAGUGCUUUGUUCCAAUGGUUGUGGGUUUUAUGGGAACCCGCGUAAUAACGGGAUGUGCUCGGUGUGCUACAAAGACUCCUUACAGCGACAGAACAACAGUGGCAGGUCCAGCGAUGCAGGUCAGUCAGAUGUAUCGCAGAAAGACCCAUUUCCAACUCUUCUGUGUUGUGUCUUCCAGCCUUAGCAGUAAAGGAGAAUCUAUGACUGUACAAUCGACGUCACCGCAUGAACAAAACAGUCAGUGUUUUUCAACGCCAACACCAGCAGUAGCAGCAGUUACACACAAAGAAGGUGCUUCAGCAGCAGCUCAAUCAGGCCUGAAAACACCAGAAGUGUCGUGCAGUAAAUUGGCGAGAAACAUCCAGGAGUCCAAGGCGGGUAGCUCAUCAGCGGAGGAUUGCAUAGGAGGAAAGGAUUGCAUAAGAGGAAAGAGGAAGCUUGAUGAAACUUGUCAACCCAUAGAAAGAGUGUCUGCCUCAGAUGUCUCAGAGCAAACCUCAGAUGUACCAGAGCAAUCCAGACCCAAGAAGAACCGCUGCUUCACUUGCCGCAAGAAAGUCGGGCUCACUGGCUUCGACUGCCGGUGCGGACACUUGUUUUGCAGCAUCCAUCGAUACUCAGAUGUUCACAACUGUAGCUUCGAUUACAAGGCUGAUGCAGCUGAGAAAAUAAGGAAAGAAAACCCGCUUAUUGUUGGGGAGAAAAUCAAGAAGAUUUAAGUUGAAGAUUGCAAAGAUGUUUUUUUACCCUCUUUCCCUUGAAACCUUGAAUUGUGCAUGCUACAAUGAAACAUAUACGCAAAUUUAUUUUGUCCCUUUGUUUCAUUUUUACCUCUCAAGUUUAUUUACUUACAAAAUACUGUGGUAUGUAUACCGUGAAAUAUUUAUAUAAUUAGUAAUUUAAUUUGCAUUAAUAAAUGGGUUUUAGUUCUCACAUGCUGAGACGACUCGGGUGACCGUGCAUUUCUGGUGAUUGAACAAAGCUUGCAUGUUAAAGCCAUUGCCAGAAUUUUUAGGUUAGUUUUUUCAGUAACGAUUGUAAAAAAAGAAAAUGACAUUUACUUAAUAUAAAAAAGAUAAGGUUUUAUUAUCAAUUACUGUAUAUGCUUCAUCCUUGGUUUAAAAAAUGAAGAGGUUUGUAAGUCAUUUAAAAUAUACAUAUUAUCUUUGCGACUGCUGUCUUUGGUUUUUUUUGCAUUUCAUUGCAGACUGUGAUUUACAUUUUCCUCAUAGCUCAUUUAUUAGAGUGAGUGGAAGUUGCGAGUGGUUUUAUUUAUGUUUGUGUAUUCACUGCAUUCAUUCAAUAAAGUUUUACACGUCA